AUGGGUAAUAUUAUCGAUAAAUCAAAAGAUAAUCAUGAACCUGUGAAUCAAGAUGCAUUUGUAUUUUGGAGAUCUUUAAAAAAGAUUUAUGAAGAUCCUGAUUCUUUAAAUACAAGAUUCUCUGAAUUCAUGGAUGGCUUUCAAAAUGGUGAUUUUAAUAAUGAAUCUUCAAAUUCCAAAUCAGGAAAAAGAGAAUCAAAAAAUGAAUCAUAUGUUUUAAUGGGAGAAACAUCAAAAGGUGAUGUAAAGAAACCAGUUAAUUCAAGUAAGAUAUCAUUUGUAUUUUCAGAAAGUCAAGAAGCAGAGGCAAUUAAUAGAAAUUUAUUACAAACGAUCAAUUGUAAAUUACAAUUGAUUCCAAUAGAAUUGAAUCAUUUCACAUUGAAUUUAGAUAAUCAUUAUAUAAGUGAGAGGAUGUUUCUCUCUAUAUGUGCAACCUUUUUAGAGAAUAAUAAAAACUAUCAUAAUCGUCAUAUGUCGACAACGUUGAAGGAGACACCAUUGAAUACAGUGAAAAAGAAGAAAAUUCAAUCAGAGUUACAAGAUUACAUUUCAAAAUAUUAUUUCACAAUUACAAAGUUGUCUUUGAAAAAGAUAUUACUCUCAACGAGAUCAUUGGAAGGUUUAUCACAAGUUUUGAGAACAAAUAGAUCAAUUGUAGAGUUGGAUUUGGGUGGCAAUGAUUUAAGUUGUAAUGGUGGUAUUCCAAUUUUAAUCGCAGGUCUAAGGGAGAAUAAAACCAUCACCCGUUUAAAUCUAUCAGAUAUUCAUGCAUAUGAUGAAGGUGCCUUUAUGAUCUCUGCUUAUCUAUUGUGUAGUAAAUCUGUCAAAAUCAUUGACCUCUCAACAAAUCAUAUCUCUGACAGAGGUUUCGAGUCAUUAUUGGCCGCUGUCACUAGAAACACUCUCAUCACUUCAUUAUUCCUAUCAGAUAAUAAUAUAGAAUCAUCAAAAAUUCAUUCUCUAAAUCAUCUUCUUAAAAGAAAUACUGCAAUUCAAUCGGUUUUUGAUCAAAUUUUUGAUUCAAUCCCUUGGAAUAGAAAAUUUAAAACAAAGGUAGCUUCAUUUAAAAGAAAUGUUUUAAAAACUAGAACAAAUAGUACAUUAAAUGUUGAACAAAUUGAAGAUGAUAAAACUCCAUUAUUUAGAUUUAUAGAAAUCACAACACAAAUUUAUUCAUUCACAUAUAUUCACAUUACACACAAUCAACAAAAAAACAUAAAAAAAAAAAAAAAAAAAACAUAA